AUGGCUCCGUCGAUUGACAACACAGGAGGGCGGUAUGCGUUGGUUUGCUGGCUCCUCGACACCCGAUCGCUAUGGCCGGCUGGCAGAGACAAUAAUAUUUGGAAUGCUGCUGGAGGUUCUGAGGCGAUGGCGCUGCUAUCAACCGAAGAGCAGAAAACGGUCUCAUCCAAAAUGUUCCUGCCCGACGCUAAGAUGAGUCUGGCCAGUGCACUUCUGAAGCGUUUAUUCAUAUCAAAGGCAUUGGACAUCCCUUGGAAUAAUGUGAUCAUCUCUCGCAAGAACGACCGACGACACGGCAAGCCCUGCGCAGUCGAUACUGCAGGGAGACCGAUCGAAGGCAUCGACUUCAACGUUUCGCAUCAGGCAGGUUUGGUGACUUUGAUCGGAUGGGACGGCAAACAACGACACGAGUACGGCGCAGGUGGGGACGUUCAAGGUCUUAUAAGCUCCGGCGCUCAUCCUGAGCAGGAUGUUAUGGUUGGCACAGAUAUUGUCUGCGUGAACGAGCGAGAUGACUACAGGACUAUCGAUUCGGAAGGACUGGAUUCCUGGAUCGACAUUUACGACUUCGUAUUCAGUGACGAGGAGCGAUGGACGAUGAAGUACGACGUGGACUACGUCACGCUUCUAGACGGAACAAUCCUUCAACGCGAGGAACUCGGACGACAUGACCGAUGCAUCCAACGAGACAAGAUAAUCACCGUAAAAGCCAGCUCGGGACAGACCGUACGAUUCAAUUCCGAUCUCCUAAUCGAAGCCAAACUGCGUCGCUUCUACACCUUUUUCUGCUACAAAGAAGCUUAUAUCAAGCUUGCCGGCGAAGCACUUCUCGCGCCCUGGCUAAAGCAACUCGAGUUCUCCAACGUCCGCAGCCCGAGACCUGGGUCUCCCGCCCGAUGCAGCACCGACGGCCAAUGGGGCGAGGAGAUCACGGAUGUGGAGACUCAUUUGAAUGGUGCGGAAGUUUCGGAUGUCAAGAUGAAGAUUCAAGCGUUUGAGGAGCAAUUCAUGAUCGCCACGGCGAUUCAAGGCAAUGUCUCCAAGUUGCAGGUGCCGGCCUUUCAGAAACUUGAUAUCAAAGCGGAUGUCCUCCGCUGGGCUCAGAAACAUACCACAGGCGCGCCAUCGGACGAUCCUUGA